AGGAAGAAGGAAGUCGAGAAUGGCAUUAACCUCGUACGGGUUGUCACGUUGUAAUUUCUUCGCUUAGGACUUUUGACUGUAAUUGAUGCCCGAAAUUAAGUAUUGUCUCUGUUUUUACUUAUCAUUACAUAGACUGCUGAAUUUCUAGCCACAAUGGCCGCUUUGGAACGGAAGGGCACCUUCAAAGUGCAGUACCUGCGUGAUAUCGAGGCCGAAGUUCAACAGCGAUGGCGUGAAGAGAAAGCGUUUGAACAAGAUGCUCCCCUAUCUGGCUCUAAAAAAUCAGACAAAGAAAAGUUUUAUUGUUCAUUCCCUUACCCUUAUAUGAAUGGUCGGCUGCAUCUGGGCCACGCGUUUUCCUUGUCUAAAUGUGAAUUUGCGGCCAGAUUUCAAAGGCUUUUGGGUAAAAAGGUGCUUUUCCCGUUGGGCUUUCAUUGUACUGGUAUGCCUAUCAAAGCUUGUGCCGAUAAACUCAAAAGGGAGAUGGAACUUUAUGGAACUCCCCCUCAAUUUCCCGACGUUGAGGAACCCAUUGUUGAGGAUAACAGCGAUGUAAUUCCUAAAGAUAAGUCCCAGAGUAAAAAAAGUAAGGCCUUAGCAAAAACUGGGUCCGCGAAAUACCAGUGGCAGAUUAUGGAAAGUUUAGGCAUACAUAAAGAUGAAAUUAAACAUUUCGCAGAUGCAAAUUACUGGCUAGACUACUUUCCACCCUUAGCAGUUGAAGAUUUAAAUCGGUUUGGAUUAAAUGUGGAUUGGCGGAGAAGCACCAUAACAACCGACGCGAAUCCGUUUUAUGAUUCAUUCAUCAGGUGGCAAUUUUUAAGGUUAAGGGACAGGAACAAGAUAAAGUUUGGCAAAAGGUAUACUAUAUAUUCAGCAAAAGACGGUCAGCCUUGUAUGGAUCAUGACCGUUCAACUGGCGAAGGUGUUGGUCCUCAAGAGUACACCCUAAUCAAAAUGAAGGUUUUGGAACCCGUUCCUGUGAAAUUGCAGCCUCUGAGAGAAAAACCCAUAUAUUUAGUUGCCGCCACUUUAAGGCCGGAAACCAUGUAUGGACAGACCAAUUGUUGGCUAAGUCCAGAUAUGACAUAUAUUGCGUUUGAAACGAAAGCCGGUGAAGUAUUUGUUUGUACUGAAAGAUCUGCCAAGAACAUGUGCUUCCAAGGAUUCACUAAUACAGAAGGAUAUUUUGACAUUCUGCUAGAGGUAGUCGGGCAAGACCUAUUAGGAUGUGUCUUAAAAGCUCCCCUAACGAUUUACGAGAAAAUCUAUGCCUUGCCCAUGCUCAGCAUCAAAUAUGACAAAGGUACAGGGGUGGUAACUAGUGUGCCGUCGGACGCCCCUGAUGACUAUGCCGCCUUGGUGGAUUUAAUAAAAAAACCGGCGUUCAGGGAAAAAUACUGCAUCGAAGAGCACAUGGUCAUACCUUUCAAGGCGGUGCCUAUCAUAGAGGUUCCCGAGUACGGUAAUCUGUCUGCUCCCGCGUUGUACGAAAAAUUCAAAAUUCAAAGUCAAAACGACAAGGAUAAACUGGUUGAGGCGAAAAAAAUAGUCUACCUUAAGGGUUUUUAUGAUGGCGUUAUGUUGGUUGGGGACCACAGAGGCCAAAAAACCAGGGACGUCAAGAAACUACUGCAAAAAUCUUUGGUGGACGCGGGCGACGCGGUGAUUUACUAUGAACCGGAGAAGACAGUUAUAUCACGUUCGGGCGACGAGUGCGUCGUAGCUCUAUGCGAUCAGUGGUACCUCGACUAUGGCGAGGAGAACUGGAAGAAUCAAGUGAAGAUCGCCAUCGAGAAUCUAAACACGUACCACGAUGAGGUUAAGAGGAAUUUUUUGAGCUGCGUGGACUGGUUGCACGAGUAUGCAUGUUCAAGGACUUACGGGCUUGGCACCAAGCUUCCGUGGGACGAGAGGUGGCUCAUCGAGUCGCUUUCCGAUUCUACCAUUCAUAUGGCUUAUUACACCGUUUCCCAUUUGCUACAGGGGAAUAGUUUUCGGGGCGAAUGGAAUCAGGUCCUGAUCAAACCGGAACAAAUGACGCCCGAAGUGUGGGACUAUAUAUUUUUCGCCGACGCCCCAUACCCGUCGGAAUGCGGGAUUUUCCGUGUUCUCCUCGACGCCAUGAAACGCGAGUUCGAGUACUGGUACCCGUUCGACGUGCGCACGUCCGGAAAAGACCUGAUCCAGAAUCACCUAACAUUCUGCCUCUAUAACCAUUGCGCGAUAUGGCCUGACGACCAGACCAAAUGGCCGAAGGGUAUGCGCGUCAACGGCCACCUGCUCUUGAAUUCCGAGAAGAUGAGCAAGUCGGCGGGCAACUUUCUCACUCUCGCAGAAGGUUUAGACAAGUUCGGCGCCGACGGUAUGCGUUUGUGCCUCGCCGACGCCGGCGACUCCAUCGAGGACGCCAAUUUCGUCGAGAGCACCGCCGAUGCCGGCAUCUUGAGGCUGUACAACUUUCUCGAGUGGGUCAAGCAAGUCAUGGACAGUAAAGGGUCUUUAAGAACUGGGGUGCACACGUUCAACGAUCAGGUAUUCGAGAGCGAGAUCAACCUGAAAAUCAAAGAGACGAAACAGUUUUACGAGAAGAUGCUGUUCAAGGAAGCGCUGCGCACCGGCUUCUUCGAGCUGCAAGCCGCGCGCGACAAAUACCGCGAGUUAUGCCUAGUCGAUGGCAUGCAUUUCGUUUUCGUCCUCAAGUACAUAAAAAUUCAGGCGCUCUUGCUUUACCCGAUCUGCCCUCACGUGUGCGAGAAGGUGUGGUCGCUGCUCGGCAAUAACAAAAGUAUUUUCGCGGGGCGCCGCACCGCCAUCGUUUGGCCCAGUGGUGGCCCUAUCAACGAGAUCGACAUUAAGGCGUCCGAGUAUUUGAUGGAUACGGCGCACUCGUUUCGAAUCCAUUUGAAAAAUCAUUUGCAGGGCGCCAAAACAAGAAAAGACCCCCGCCACCAAGUGGACGUGUCCGUCAAACCGAACGUCGUAACCGUGUGGGUGGCGAAGUCGUUUCCCGAGUGGCAGAGUUGCAUUUUGACCGCGUUGAAGCGCCACUUCGAGAAAAGCGGCGUCUUGCCGGAUAACAAGAGCCUCUCUGCGGAGUUCGCGAAAAUGGGCGAACUCAAGAAGUACAUGAAGCGGGUGAUGCCGUUCGUGCAGGCGGUGCGAGAAAAGGUGGACAAGAUGGGCGUCCGAGCUCUCGCCUUGACCUUGGAAUUCGACGAGGCUCAAAUUUUGAAAGACAACGCUAUCUAUUUGGCCAACACGCUCGACGUCGAAGACCUUGUGGUCAGGUAUACCGACGAGGACGGGGCUUCGGAGAAAAUGAAGGAGUGCUGUCCCGGGGCUCCGUUUGUAGUAUUUUCGACCAAAAGUGGGGUUAGGGUAGAGUUCGUCAACCCGAUCCCCGGUUCGGGGUUAUUUUCGAAGUAUAUAGUCGUCAGCGACGACGACACUUACGAUAAGAUCGUGCAGAAGCUCGUCAGGGACGUUAAACACAUCAAAGAUCCCAGUGCUGUUCAGUUGUGGAGGUUUGAAGAUCCUGUUUUGGGUGAGGUAACAAUGCCGCUUUUUAACGAGCCGACCAAAGGAAAAGUUCUCCUCGCCAAAGACUCAACAUUUAAAGUCGAUUCUGACCAGCUCAAAGUUUACGUCGCGUCAAAGGGGAAUAAAAGUUUUGAAAUCGGCAAACAGCUGACUUACCUACUGUUGCAGGAAAACUGAUGAAUAAAUUAUU